UUAGGAAAGUGCAGUAAAGGGUCUCCUUGAUGAAUUAGUAAUAAAGGUUUCUUCAUAUCAGGAGAAUGAUUUUUGUGAUAAACUACCUUUUGAGGCUUGCGAAAAUAUUAAAAUGGCUCAUGAUCAAGGUUUAACUAUUGAUGAAAAAGAGAAAAAAUCAAAAAUUAAAACAGUCGAUGAAGUACUUCAAAAGAUGUUCAAAAAAUGGGUAUCUUCAAAGAAACAAGUUAAGUUAAAAAAGCAAGAAGUUUAUCCUCGCGAAAAAGUCAAGUGCCCAAUAUGUUACAUUUGUGUUGUUGACUUCCCUAGACAUUUACGCUCAUCAAAGCAUAAAGUAAGUAAAGAAGAUGCUUGUAUAGCUAGAUGAGUUUAUGGAUUAAGAAAAUCAGCUGUUGCAUGUUCAGAAGCUGAAAAAACUGUAAAAUAUGUUUGUCAAAUGUGCAAAGCUGUUGUGAAGCGUAUUCACAACCACUUAUACAAGUCUCCAGAUUAUCUUAAAAAUGAACCUGAAAAGUAUAGAGAAAUGCUUCAAAAAAAAAACUAUUUUUGAAAAAGUAAAUCAUAUUACAGUUCCUUUAAAGCACCAGCAAAAUUACAACUUUCAGCAGUCAUUGGAUUCAAAUGUUUCACUUGAUCAAUUCAAUAUUCAAAACCCGGAAUCACCAUCUAUUAGUAAUCAUACCAAAUCUAUUGAUGAUGAACCCACUUUUAAAGAUUAUCUUGAAAUCUUUUGCCUUUAUUUAAAAAGUCGAUCUGGAGGUAAUAAAGAUUUAAAAUCUGCAUCCAAUGAGAUGGGUCAAGUCAGGAGAAUAAUGGAGGUUUUGUCUUCAGAUGAUCCAUGCUAUGAUAAAUUUUUUGACCUCGAGCAAUUACAAACACUUUGGUUUGCUCAUGCGCAAAGAAUGAUGUAUGAACCUGGAACAAAAAGGUCAUACUUGUUAUCCUUAAGCCACUUCAUAGAUUUCUUAAUUUGUUCAAAAUUAACUCCAAAUGUUCCUUAUGUUGUACCAGUCACUAAAGUAGAGGCUGAUGUUAUGCUUGUUUGUCAGAGCGAAAUUUCUAAAUGGAGACAAUCUUUGAGAGCUGAGGAGGAGGAGAGGCAGUUUGAUGUUUUAAUUCAAGGCGGUGAAAAAAUGAUCCCAAAAGAAUACUUUAAGGCUAUUCUUGAUAGCAACUUCAAUGUCACAGUUAUAAAAAAAAUAAAGAGAUACACUGUCAAUACUCUUUAAAACCAAACAAAUUUAUUUUAACACGCAGUUUAUACACAAAUACCAGAGACUGCAUUUUCUUUAAAAUGGUAUGUGAUAAUAUCUCUUGGUCGGGAGCUAUCGCAAAUCUGACAUUAGAAGAGUAUUUAAAAGGAGUUGGUGUGAAAACACAAGACCUUUAAAAAUAAUGGACCCUGCCAAAUUGUUAUUAAUUCAGAACUUAAAUUUUUAUGUGACUGCUUUUAUAAAAUUAUAAGAAAUGGUGUUCCAGGACAUAAAUCAGAAAAUAUGUUUGUUACAUGGUCAGGAUGUAGUUAGGAAUCAGGUGGUGUAUUAACCCAGUUAAGUUCAUAUUUUUCAAAAUGUUUACCAGACAGUGUUAGCCUUGGAAACGUUAGUGCUACUUUAAUAAGAAAAAGUUUAUUAACGUUUUUUUAUAAUAAUUACCCUGAUAUGAAAAAAGACCUUGCUACUUUAAUGAAGCACAAACAAAGUACUGGAGAGAAAUGGUAUUAUUUAAACCAAACUAAAAAAGAAGUUUCUGGCACUUCUGAAAAGAUUUCAAAUGUAAUUUUUGGCUCCCAACCAGACAUUUAUACCAUUGAAAAUGCAGUGCCCAACAAUUCUUUAAUUGGAAGUCCGAUAUCAAAUGUUACAGAUAACGAUCUAUUUAGUGAGAAUGAGGAAGAUGAUAAUGAAAGCGAUUGGGAUGGUGUUACAGGUUCGUUGAUGACAAGUAAAAAAAUUUUUUGGACUACGCUUGAAGUGGAUGAAUUAAAAAAAAUUUUCAAAAUCGAUUCUACAAGAUCAUUUAGCUAAUCUAACAUACGAAUAAUGAUUUCAGGAAAUAAUAUUUUAAAAAACCGCAAUACCAAACAAGUUUACGACAAAUUAAGCCAUCUUCAAAAAAUUGCAUUAAAAGGAGAUUUACAAGAACUCAAUAAAAAAGAGUGCAUGACAAAAAAAGUUGUUUUUCCAACAAAGUAUACUAACUUAAUCAGGAUUAUUUUUUCAAACAAAAUAGCUGGUAAACUUUUAACAACUGAAAAAGAUGUUUAUAAUAAAAUUAACCAAACUG